AUGAAAACAUUACUUGACACUACUGCGGAAUGUAUUACAAGUUUGAAUAACUUCAAAAUAAAAACAGAUUCUUGGGAUCCAGUAAUAGUAUUUCUGGUGGGGCAGAAAUUGGAUACAGAGUCGUUAAAGGAAUGGGAACAACAAGUUCACAAGGAUAACUUCGAUGAACUGCCUACCUGGGCUGAAAUGAAGAAAUUUCUCGAGUUGAAAUUCCGAACCUUAGAACUAGUUGCUCCAAUUACAUCAAAUAGUACUAGAGAGAGGUCUACAAAUCAAAAAUCAUUCCACAUUGCGUCUGAAGAUAAUGAAAUUGAUGAAAUUCAGUCUGCACAUUCGAGUAUCAAUUCAAAACAAACUUGUUCGUACUGCAAUGAAGUUGGUCACUACAUCUAUAGUUGUAAAGAAUUUGUGAAGCAACCUGUGGACAAGAGACACGAAUUCGCUAAGAAGAGAAACUUGUGUUUUAACUGCCUCAUUCCAAACCACAGUGUAUAUAAAUGUAGACAAAAAACAUCGUGCCGAGUUUGCCAAAGAAGACACCAUUCGCUUUUACACCAAACAAAGAACACAAAUCAAGAAGAAAGCUCACAACCAGAACAGAAUAUCACAACUGCACAUUUCUCCAAUGAACAACCCGGUCACAAAGUAUUAUUAGCAACAGCACAAGUCGAGGUCUCAGGGAACGAUGGUAAUACACACCUGCUUCGUGCUUUAAUCGAUCAAGGGUCAGAGGCUUCAUUCGUUUCUGCAAGAGUAGUUGAACUGUUAGGCCUGAAACGGACUAAUAUCAACGGUGUGGUCUCUGGAGUAGGAGAAAAUACAAAGGUACCGAUCAAACACUUAGUCGACCUGUCAGUCAAGUCGCAAUACAAUGAUAAGGAAAUUAUACAAGUGAAGGCCUACGUUUUGAAGAAAAUAUCUACAUGUCUUCCCUCGAGAAACAUUGUGGCUGACUGGAAAGAGCUCCAAACGUUACAACUGGCUGACCCUGCCUAUCACACGCCUGGUAAAAUCGACCUAUUACUCGGCGCAGACAUCUUUUGUAAGAUAAUUGAAGAAGGGCUAGUGAGGAUGCCAGAUGGGAUAGUUGCUCAAAAGACAAGUUUGGGGUGGAUUCUCUCGGGUCAAAAGGACAAAGGAAACAACAGUCACAAUUUGAUUUCACUACAUAUAACAAGUAUGGUGGCUGAAGAUAAUGAUUUACUAAGAAAGUUCUGGGAAAUAGAAACUGAUUUGUACAAAAAGAAGAAACUACUGACAAAAGAAGAAGAGAGAUGUGAAGACAUAUACAAACAAACAACUAGAAGAGAAAACACUGGAAGAUACAUAGUACACUUACCUCUGAAACAAUGGAAUAACCAAGCAAUUGUUUUUGUAAAUUAA